AUGACCUCUGCCCUCUCGUUCCGCACACCCACUCACUACGAGAUCCUCGGCCUCACGCCAUCCGCCCUCGACGACCCUCGCCAGGACCCUUCCUCCGCCUCCUCGCUCAUAAAGAAGGCCUACCGCAGGGCUCUGCUCCGCCACCACCCCGACAAGAGCACCGCUGUGACAGCCUCCUCCUCGCCGGCCCCUUUGGCGGAUCCCCGCCGCCGCGGCCUGUACACCGUCGACCAAAUCACCGCCGCGUUUACGGUGCUUUCCUCGCCCGCCCAGCGUGCAAAGUACGACGCGUUGCUUCGUCAAGCACCGGGCCUGGGCGGUGCCGGCCCGGCGACUCUGGCACCGCGUUUCCAGACGGGAGUCGACAACGUGGAUCUGGACAGCCUGGCUUUCGACCAGGGCCAGGGGCACUGGCACAGGUCCUGUCGUUGCGGCAAUGAGCGAGGCUACGUCUUUGACGAGGAGGAUUUGACGGCGGCGGAGGAAGACGGCGAGCUGCUUGUGGCGUGUCAGGAUUGCAGUCUUUGGCUUCGGGUUCACUUUGCAGUUGUAGAUGAAGAUGCUGCGGCACAAGAAAAAAUAGACAAGAGUUGA